AUGGCGCCCAGCCGCCUGCGCGCCCGCUCAUCGCCGCGCCCUCCUCCAUCCUUCCCCUACAACCUACGGAGCAGGUCCGGUAGGAUCCCUGGUUCUACCAAUUUGGUAUCCAGAGACUCCGGUUCGGUCAUGUCUUCUCCAUCACCCACGCCGCCGCUACCCUCCGGCACCACCGCCUCGCUGUCCGCCCCCCCGAUGACCACCAAUGGAGCUCCGACGCUGCCCGGGCCGAGCGCCACCGCGGGGGCCCCAACACCGUCGGCACCAAUACCGCCGGCCCCAACGCCGCCAGCUCCAGUCACCACCGCGCCACCGCUGACCGCCGUCUUCACACCGGAACAGAUGACCAGCACGCUGCAGCAACUCGUGACGGCCGUCCAAGGGCUCCACAUGAACCAGUACCACCAGUACAUGGCAGGAGCAUACGGCUUUCCGCCAGCUGCGUCGAUCGCCACCUACGGCCACCCUGCGCCGUGGCUGUUCCCGGGCGCACCCGCAGGCGGCGAGCCCCCGCUGUUGUCGUUCCAGACAAGGAACUCCACUGCUACCCCCAUCCAGCCCCCGCUGCUGCCGCUGCAACCAGCGGCGCCGCCCCUGCCCAGCUCGGGGGCACCCUCGCCGACCGGCCUUCCGAUCCAUCAGGUCUGGUUCCCGCCCUCCCCGUCGCCACUCCCAGCGUGGGCGGCUGGGUCUUCGCCAUCGUCGGCCUACACCACGGCCCCCGAACAGCCGACUCCGUUCCCGCAGUUCGGUGGGCCAUCCGGUUCCACCGGUCCCUACCUGGAGUACUCCGACCAGGCGCCACCCGCCUCGCUGCUCCGCACCUAUGAGCCAGCUCGACACGGCGCUCCGACCCAGACACCGCCGCGGUUCGCCAAGAUCGACUUCGCCACUUAUGACGGCAUGGAGGACCCCCUCAACUGGCUCAACCAGUGA